AACAGCCAUUCAGACUGGAAUAAAAUUCAAUAUGGCUGCGUGAAUUAUGUUUUUAUUUUCGAGUUAGUAAUUUUGGGGACAAGAGUUAGAUUUAAUUGCCCCAUGAUGCCUAGCUACACUAGCAGAACAACAAGAAGUAAUACCAGAAGGUUACGGAAGCGUUCAAACGUAAAACAGACCGAUUCUAAUCGAAACAGUAGUGAAAGUGCAAGCUCAAGAAGUAGUGAUGAAGAACAAGGAGAAAGCAGUUAUAGUACACGAUAUUACUUGAGAAAGCGCCAAACAGACUACGGCUCAUCAAAUGAUGAAAACCAGUCCAAACGAAGGAGAAAGCUGUCUUCUAAAUCUUCAUCAUGCAAAGGAAGUCCAAUUGGUGCCCAGUACCUUCAAGAAGAAUUACCAGAUGAAGUUUUAAUUAAGAUUUUUAGCUAUUUGUAUGAGUAUGACUUAUGCAGAGCAGCAUGUGUCUGUAAAAGGUUCAAGACCAUUGCAGAUGAUCCUGGACUAUGGAAAAAAAUCUACCAAGAUGUGUUUGAAUAUGACUACCCUUUGAUGAAUCCUGAAGCUAGAGUUUUUCAGUUCAUUCAACCUGAUGAGAAUGAAUAUGAAAACCAGUGGAAAGAGAGCUUCAAGCAAUUGCACAAAGGAAUUCAUGUGAGACAAGGAUAUGAUGAUGCUUACAACUCCAAUUACAGACAAGACAGAAGGCUUAAAGGAAGAGAUAUAAGAUGUUAUGACUCCAUUGAGCGUGCCUAUAGUUUUGUGGAUUCAGAGGAUAUGGACAAUGCCAUUAUAUUUAUUCACUCUGGAAUGUACUUAACAGAGUAUCUAUUUGUGGACACUAAUGUGAUUAUGAUAGGUGCUGCCCCAGGCAAUGUGAUAGACAACGUGAUUAUUGAGAGAGGAACAGAAUCCACCAUUACAUUCGUGGAAGGAGCAAAGGAGGCCUAUUUAGGAUAUGUUACGUUAAAGUUUACCCCCGACUUAACAAUGGCUAUGACACACCAUAAGCACUAUGCCUUGGAAGUAACAGAAAAUUGCUCUCCAACCAUAGAUCAUUGCCGGAUCAAGAGUACUUCAGUCGUGGGUUCUGCAGUCUGUGUGUCAGGUGUAGGAGCCGAUCCAAUCAUCAAACACUGCAAGAUCAAAGACUGUGAAAACGUUGGCCUAUUUGUCACAGAUUAUGCACAGGGACAAUAUGAGGACAAUGAGAUCAGUGGCAAUGCUCUGGCAGGAAUCUGGGUCAAGAACCACUCCAACCCCAUAAUGAGGCGGAACCACAUUCACCAUGGAAGAGAUGUAGGGAUCUUCACAUUUGAUAAUGGUUUGGGUUACUUUGAGGAAAAUGAUAUUCACAACAACAGGAUAGCAGGGUUCGAGGUGAAGGCGGGAGCCAACCCCACCGUUGUCCGAUGUGAAAUCCACCACGGUCAGACGGGCGGGGUCUAUGUCCAUGAGAAUGGGCGGGGUCAGUUCAUAGAGAACAAAAUCCACUCCAACAACUUCGCUGGAGUGUGGAUCACGUCCAACAGUGAUCCUACUAUAAGGAAAAAUGAAAUUUUCAAUGGGCACCAAGGAGGGGUGUACAUCUUUGGUGAAGGGAGAGGUCUAAUCGAGCAUAAUAAUAUUUAUGGAAAUGCAUUAGCCGGAAUUCAAAUUCGAACCAACAGUAACCCUAUUGUACGACAUAAUAAAAUUCACCAUGGCCAACAUGGAGGAAUCUAUGUUCAUGAGAAAGGUCAAGGUUUGAUAGAAGAAAAUGAGGUGUACUCUAACACGUUAGCAGGGGUUUGGAUCACAACAGGAAGUACUCCUGUGCUACGCAAGAACCGGAUCCACAGCGGCAAACAGGUUGGAGUUUAUUUUUAUGACAACGGACAUGGAGUUCUAGAAGAUAAUGAUAUUUUCAACCAUUUGUACUCGGGAGUGCAGAUUAGAACUGGCAGUAAUCCUUUGAUCCGAAGAAACAAAAUUUGGGGAGGGCAAAAUGGGGGCAUUUUGGUAUACAACAGUGGGUUGGGGAUGAUUGAACGGAAUGAAAUAUUCGACAAUGCCAUGGCAGGUGUCUGGAUCAAGACGGACAGCAACCCACUUCUGCGUGGAAACAAGAUUCAUGACGGUCGGGAUGGUGGAGUCUGUAUCUUCAGUGGGGGGAAGGGAAUCCUAGAAGAAAAUGAUAUAUUUAGAAAUGCCCAGGCUGGUGUUUUGAUAAGUACAAGUAGUCAUCCCAUGUUACGGCGCAAUCGUAUCUUUGACGGUAAUGCAGCAGGGGUGGAAAUUACAAACAACGCUACAGCAACGUUAGAAGGAAACAAGAUCUUCAAUAACAAGUUUGGAGGAUUGUGCCUAGCAAGUGGAGUCCAUCCCAAACAAAAAGAUAACAUAAUAACGGGAAAUCACAACAUGGUACAGAAGGCUGUGUCCACAGGCCAGUGUCUCUACAAAAUCUCCAGCUACACCAGCUUCCCCAUGCAUGAUUUCUAUAGGUGUCAGACCUGCAACACAACAGAGAGGAAUGCCAUUUGUGUGAACUGUAUAAAAAACUGCCAUGCUGGACAUGUAGUGGAAUUCAUUCGACAUGACCGGUUUUUCUGUGACUGUGGGGCGGGGACUCUAAAUAACUGUUGCCAGUUACAGGGCGAGCCCACCCAAGAUACGGACACGCUUUAUGAUUCUGCUGCUCCCAUGGAAACGCACACCUUGCGGGUCAACUAAAUCUGUGUCAAAUUUGUGCUGAUCUUUGUUUUCAUCAGAAUGAGGCCAAAGUUCACUUCCGUAAAAAAAUGUUUUAUUGUGUUGUUCCUGCUAGAGUGUGUGCUUUGCAUAUGCUACACCUGGCAAUUAUUUGUUAUUUAUUUAUGACUCAACUGUGACCAAAGAAAUCGAGAGUUUUGUAAAAACCGUUUUUUGUAAAGUAGAGGAUUAACUGAAAAGAAUUGCAUAUUAGGCUUGUUGUCAAGUUUAAGAAGUUUCUAUUUUCAGUGUUUGUGGGCUAGAAAAAUAUUCUUUUAAAUUCUAUAAGCAUGAAAAACGGACACUUUUUAUUUUUUUGUAAAGAAAAGUAUAGGCAGUUUUGAAUUGAAUAGACUUUGCACACGGGUUGUGAAUCUCAAGAGUUAAUCUCCUGUAUCAUUGAAAUGUUUCCAUAUUUUUUAAUAUAAUAACCACUCAACUUAUGAUAAAGAUGUUUUUAGCUGUAUGUUUAAGUAUCAUUUUCUCCAUUGAUAUUUUUUUUAACAUUUCAACGUAAAAGAAAAAUUAUGGUAAAUUUACUUUAUCACUCCAUGGAAAUUAUGUGAAAGGUCAUUUUUACAGAGAUUUAUCUUGUUUAUCUAUAAAUAUUAUGAAAACAGUGUUUUAAAGACGAUGUGAUCAAUAACGCACACUUCACUAUACAGUAAAUUUAAAGUAUUUGUUUUCCACCAGAUUUUGGCCAGUUUUACAUGCAAUUCUAGUCUGCUAUGGAAAAUUGUAGUGCAUUGUACUUAAAAAUAAUGGAGGAAAAGGUAUCAAAUGAAAAUUCCAAAAUUAUUCUUUUUAAUACAGUGUAUCUGAAAUAACUUGGUUGGUCUAAAAACCUCUUUGUGCUUCCCCAAUCUCGAGCAAUGUUCCAAUACUCAGAUUGCUCAGUAAAUUUGAAAGACAAAAUUCUCCCAAGGAUUGUUAAAGAUAUUUUUGCUAAAAGUGCAAUAAUUUUUUAUUAAGCACUGUGACCAAAUGAUUCUUAGAUUUUUUUUUAUAACAGAAACCUUUCCUAUAUCAAUCUUUUAUUACAUUUCCAGACCACUUCCAUAUUUUGAUUUUAUUUUGUUAUUUAACAACUGCUAAUUUCAUAAUACAUGAGAUGUAGAUCAUCAAGAGGACAUGUUAUGACAACUUCUAAAGUUGCUUUUAUCAAAAAGGUGUUUUUUUUUCUUUUAUCUCUGGUGAAUGUAGUUUUGACAAGUGAAAUACAAUAUGAACCUGCACUGUUUGUGGCAUACAUGUAUUUUUCAUGUUGAAAAUUUGGGGUGAGAGAUUGCACUUCUGUGAAGUUCAAAAAACCAGAUAUAUUCAUACAACCUGUUUGUCAAUAUUUGAAGGCAUUAAUUAAUAUUUUGAGCUAUGUAUGUAAUGAUGUACAUAGCCAGUGUGUAUUGUGUGUUUAUUUGUAUAUAAGUUAAUGAAUACCUCAUUUUUCUACCUUGCUUGCCUUCUUUUUUUUUUUUCUUUUUUUUUUUUGAAUCUUAAUACCUGUAUUGAGUGAGCCUUAAUUUUUUUUCUGUGACAGUGGUAUUUGUAGGCGGAAAGUUAUAUUUUCUUGAUUUGCAUUUAAAACUUGAUCACUGUCUUUCAUCUAUUCCCAUUUUAUGAGUUUCAAUUUCUUUGUAAUAAAACUUAAACUUGUUCUUGCAAUAAUACACAGAGCCAAGAUUAAGCAAUAAUACAGGAAGUAUGAAAUUUGAUCAUUGGAAAACUUUCAAAAAUGUAAAAAUUCUUCCAGUACAUUUUGGAUGUUUUUGUUUCAAAAAAGAUAACUUUUGUUCUGAGCUAUAAAUAGGAACCUGCAUUUUAUUAAAGAAAACAGGUUAAAAACAUGCAAUAAUCCUAAAUUCUUAAAAAUUAAAUCUUUAACUUUGUUUCUUUUCUGUGUGAAUCAGGACCCACUGCCCAUCCCCACCCCCCAACUUUCCUUCUUGUCCCCCUGCCCCCCUCUGUUGCCCCUCCCCUAUAAUGUGUCUUCACUCCAUCUCUCCAUCCCAUGUUUCAGGUGAUAUUACAAGUCAUUGCCAUGCUGUGUCGAGUUCCUUGUUGAAUGUAGGUGAUAUAUUUUCAUGUUUAUUGUUAUAUACACACGUUUGUUUGAUGUGGAUGUCUGUCUGUCUGUUUUAACACACUAAAUAGUGCAUCAGAGAUAACUACGAUAGUUGACCCAUACAUUUUACAUCACGUUGUAUGUAUAUAUUAUAUAACUGUUUUGUUAUAGAGAGAGACCUUUACAGAGUGUCAUACAGAACCUGUUUUUCUGUAGCUUGUUACAUAUCUAUAUAAUUAGAGGUUUUAUUAUUAUAAUUCUGGAUGCUGUCGCGUCAGAUUUUUAAUCACUCUUACCACUUUUGUUCUGAAGUUUUGUAUGUAUGUGUGACUUAACCUCCACCCACCCUUAUCCUACCUUGCUUCCCAUUCACUUUAUAAAGAUAAAAGAAUUUACACAACACCAUUGUUAGCCUCAAUUUUUUAUGUAAAAAAAAACCCACCAUGUUUUUUUUUUAUUAUUUAGGUUUUGGCGAUCGUAGAAUAUUGAUUUUGUGUACCUAACCUUGUUUCUGUGUCCAAAAGUAGAAUACUGCUUUAAUAACGCAACACCCCUCCAUUUUGUUCUGCAUGCACCGGAUUCUUAAUAAGUUAUCUGCUACUUCUGUAUUUUAUUCAUCCAUAAUUUGUGUGAUAUAGAAUGAACACAUAGCAUCUGUGAAUGUUGUUUAAAUGUUUAUUGCAAAGUAUAUAUGGGACACCGCAUUUAUGAUGUCAUCCAUGGCGAUUGUUUUCUUUUUUAUAUGAUACAUAACAUCCACUUAUAGAUAUGAAAUGUCAAAUAAAAAAGUCUAAUGGAACAGAAAUGAAAA